GAUGGGAUGGGCUCCAGGAUAAUCCGGCUAUCGGAACGCCGCAGUCGCUCGUUAUACGACCUCAACCCAUGCAUGGCAUGUCUUCUUGGUGGGACGCCUGUCGAUUCGGUCGUGUUGCUGAUGAAACGCGGGGCCAGACUGCCCGCACCCUGGCCCUUCGCAAGCCCUCACCACCAUCACCGCUCUCCGUCAGGCACAGCCACCGCUAGCGGGUGCGCGAGGAUUACUUACGUCCGCUUCUCCAUAUUUCGUGUCCUGCCUCUGCGUCUUGCGUCUUCCUUCCUCCUCAAGCUUACGUCGCACAAUUGCUGCCACCUUGCAAGAUGCAGCGCAUGCAAAGAAUCACCGGGCGAUUCCUGACCAGGACGCCCAACGAAGCCGAUGUCGAAUCCAUGCUGCACGACUUUAAUGACUCCAAAUCCAUGCUGGAAAAGCUCGAAACGUCGGCGAAGCAAUGGCGUGACGCGUGGACCAACAUCCUCAACCACCAGCUUUCGACCGUCGAGCACAUCCUCACCAUCUUCAAACCUUUGGGCGGCGACAGCUCGGGCUCACAUGUCGCGGCCGAGACGCCACAAGCCACCUUGGAGCGGGUCGCUGGGCUCCAGGAAGCUUUUAGCGAGCUCAAGACGGACAUGAUGGAGGAAGUCAAGGACAUUGACAGAAAGUUGAUCGUACCAGCGAAGCUUGCCAGAGACGCGCUGAAGCCCAUGGAGAAAGCCAUCAAGAAGCGAGAUGACGCCAAGGUCGAUUACGAGCGCUACAAGAGCCGCUGUGAAGCCCUUCAGAAGAAGGGGACUCGCUCGGAGCGCGAAAACAGUGCUCUAUCCAAGCACGAGGUCGAUCUCGAGCGCGCUACACACACAUAUCAACUCGCCGACGAGAAUCUUCGAGACCGGCUGCCCCGGCUGAACGCAGCGACCUUUUCUAUCCUUCCCCACCUGUUGACAAACCAGAUCGUACUACAGAACAACCUCAUUGGUAAUCUGUACACCGUGUUACACCAGUACUCCCACGAGCAAGGCUACCCGGAUCCGCCCCCAGAACCGGAAGAGGUGAUACCCUUGUGGGACUCGAGCUUCACACCUUUGCGCAAGGAGAUGGAAACAAGCCUCGGGUUGCUGAAGUCGGGCAAGGCAAUCCACUUGCCAAUGAGGCUACCAGAAAAGGGAGAGACUCUGACAGGCCUUGGUAUCAGGAACAAAGUUAUGCCCGGCCGGCGAGUCAGUAGCAACGACAGUGUUCCUACCAUUACUGGAAGAGUCUCGAAACCAUCAGCGACUUUAUCUUCGCCCUCUGAGAACGGUCCUCCGCUUAGCUUGGCGAAUAAACCUUCGUAUAGCUCUCUCAGUGCCUCGAAACCACGGAUACCAUCCAGCUCGCCGCAUUUGACUCCGGGUAUGGAUCAGUAUGGACGGCGCCUCUCAGCAACGUCACAAACAUCGUCCUAUUCAAACGGCACAAACGGUCACAGUGACUAUUUUGGAAAGCCCCCAACAGGCCACACGACAGGUGGCGCAACCCCAGGAUUCUCGCCCAACCCAGCAGCAGGGAAAAAGAAGCCUCCACCUCCGCCGCCACCAAAGAAGAUAGGGUCUUUCCAAUACGAAUAUGUUACGGCCAUGUAUGAUUUCGACAGUCACACCGCUGGAGACUUGUCGUUCAGAGAAGGCGAUCGCAUCCGUGUAGUGAAGAAGACGGAGAGCUCACAGGACUGGUGGGAAGGAGAGGUACAUGGGGUGAAAGGAAGCUUUCCGGCAAACUACUGCAAAUAAUUGUUGAGCAUUGCAGCAACAAGCCGGGAUCAGGACAGCCUUCAAUGAUAUCCAAAACUGCAUUAGAGGAAGGAGUUAGGGCAAAUGGGGGUCUUCGUGCUAUCGGAGGCUAAUUCAGAUAAUGAACAACGCGCAUGGCUUUCAUCAAUAUUCCAGCGUACAAUUUGAUUCUCUCUAAUGGCAUCUUGGGCUGAAAUUCCCGUGGUGGCUUGGUGAAGGAUAUUGGCUCCACGUAUAAAUAGCAAUCCAUCCAUUUGUUUAUCCAA